AUGACUGACCCCAGCGCGCCUUCAGAGGAGGACGCUAGAAGGGCACGCAUAGAGAGACACCGCGAUGUGGUCGACAUGCUGGCUAAGGGCAUGACGAACGUCAAUCUCCGAUCGAGUGAAGAUUGGAGUGCUCUUGCACGCGACAACCAGACAAAGGCCGCCGAAGAGCUCAAGAAAGAGAGGGAAACGUGCGACACCAAGAUCGAGAAGAUGAGAGCGGAGUGCGAUGCAAAGGUUAAAGAGGCGGACGACAAGGUCAAGGAAGCCCAGAUUACUGCGCAACAGAACUCAAACAACCUCUACAAGAUGUCGGUCAACAAAGCUGCCGUUGAGAAGCGACUGGAGACCCAAGAUGCAGAAGUCAAGCGCCUGCAGACGUUCGCAGACUCGAGCGCUGAGAACACCAUGCUCAAGUCGACUGUGGCGAAGCUGCAAGCCCAGCUUGAUGCCGCGACCGCUACAUCCUUCAAAGAGGCAGCUGAAAUACGGACGGAGGCUUCCAUCGAUUUUGCAAUAUCUGCAGCGACACGCGAAGCUGACAUCGCGCGUGAAAUGUUACAAAAGACGGAAGACAACAUAGCCUCUGAGCUCGACUCCCGCGAUACUAAUAUCGCAGCCCUCGAAGCGACUAUCGCGGCCCUCAAGGACUGGAUCGCCGCAGACCAGGUCACUAAGGCUGAUCUACGCGAGACUAUGCGAGACUACCGUCUGCAGCUUAAGGAGAUGCAAACUACCAUCGACCAGCGAUCCGCCGCCAUGGAAAAGCUGACCGAGGCCUACGACAAGGUCACGACUACGAACAGCAACCUCUACCAACAGCUCCACGAAGCUCACCUUCUGACCCUGACGAGUCACGAAAGUAACACGUUGACUCAAUAA